AUGUUAAAGUCCAUGAACUUUCCUCCAGAGUUCAGCCAGAAGGUUGAUAUGAAGAAGGUCAACAUGAAAGUUAUCAAGGACUGGAUGGAAGAGCGUGUAAUCCAACUGCUUGGGAUCGAGGACGAGGUCGUUGUCGAGUACGCCAUCGGAAUGCUGGAAGAACCUUCCCCGGAUCCGAAGUCGAUGCAGAUCAACCUUCAAGGAUUUCUUGACAAAAACACACAAGUGUUUGUUUUGGAGCUCUGGAAGCUGCUGAUCUCUGCCCAGACCAGUCUUGGAGGAAUUCCUCAGCAGUUCCUGGAUAUUACAAAGGCUGAAAUCCUCAAGACCAAGCAAACUAAGGAGGAUGCAUUGGCACGGAUAAGAGAGCAGGAAGGAAAGGAGCGGGCGAUCGCAGCUGAGCUCAAACAGAAGGCUCAGGCUAUUCGUGAGGCGUCACGACCCAAGGCACUGGAUGUUGCCAAGGACCCCACGGUAACUAGAAGAGAACCUGACAACAAGCCAGACCCAGUGCAGGAGGACCGCAAAUCUCACGAGGAACGCCGCAGCAGAGAGUUUGAGAAAGAACGGGGGAGAGAACGAGAGAAAGAAGGUGAGAGAGCGCGCGUUCGGUCGCGGAGCAGAGAUGCUGGUGGCUACGGCGGUGGCAGGAGACACGAUGCCAAGAGACAGGAUCGGUACAGAGAGAGGAGCCGCGACAGAGAUCACCGUGACUAUUACAAACGGGAUGAUGAUUACUAUCGAGGAGCCGGAUCUCGUCGUCGGAGCAACAGUCGUUCACGAGAGCACACCAGAGAGCGAGGAGGUCGAUCUCAGAGGGAUGACUAUGGUGGACGGAGCAAGGACAGGAGCCAGGACCGCGAUCGUGACAGGAACGGACGUCGCGGUGGUGACCUUGGCGCGGAUUCUUCAAAACGGAGACGUAUGCGUUCACAGAGCCGGUCCAGGAGCCGAUCGGGAAGUCGCACCAUCCGCAAGGACACACGCUCCAGAUCACGGACGCCACCUUCGGCUACCAACAGUAGUGCAGCGGGAAACGGAGAGUCGAAGGCAGCACCAGUGGAGACGGCACCAGCUACGGCACCAGCCCCGGUGGACCCAAAGAUUCUGGAGAACCAGUUGCGAGAAAAGUUGCUUCGUGAGCGUGUGCUACAGUCUGUCAAGAACAAGCGCAACAGCACCGAUGCCGGUUCUAGUCAGGACCAGACUUAA